CCCACUGUGCGGUCUCCACGCGUCUUUUUAAUUCACCUUUUUAAGUACGUAUCACGUUUUAGGAAUAGUGAAACUCUAAAUUUGAAACUUUCCCGGGGCACUAUGGGAGGGCAAGCAAAGACCAAAAAGAAAACCAAGACAAAAAGGAGAGACAACUGCAAAAAUGGAGAAGGUCCUGGGCUGCCUGGUUUGUCGCCCCAGGAAAGGAUGAAACUAAGGCUGCACGAAAAAGCCAAGAAGAAGACGGCUGAGAAAUAUUCUGUACACCAAUUACUAGAGAAGACAGAGGAGUGCAUGGACAGUUUUGACUUUGGGAUGGCCAGCCGUUUUUGUCAGCGAGCCCUGGACGUGGAGCCCACCAACCUGCAGGUACUAGACAUGCUGGGACACAUCUAUUCUGAAAUGGGAGACACGCAGAAAGCAAAAGGAGUGUUUCUUCGGGCUGCUGAGUUGAGCCCAGAUGAGGGCCACAGUAAAUACAUGUACCUGGGACAGAUCCACACCGGUCAGGAAGCUGUAGACUACUACACCAGAGGAAUACAGAUUCUCCUCUCUGCACUGGAAAAGCAAGCCCAGACAACUGCUGUGGCUGAAGCUGCUGCCACGUCAGCUGAAGACUCUGAGCUUCCCACAGCUAAGGACGUAUGCGUGGCCUACUGCUCCGUGGCAGAGCUGUACCUGACAGACCUCUGUAUGGAGGAGGGAGCUGCAGACAAGUGCAAAGAGUCCAUUGAGAAAGCAUUACAGUAUCACCAUGACAACGCUGAGGCUCUGCAGCUCAUGGCCAGCUACCUGUUCAGUAUUGAAAAGAACCAGGCAAGCAGAGACUACCUCAUGAGGAGUGUGGGGACGUGGCUCCCUGCCUUAAAGAGGAGCGACGGGCCGGUCGCCACAGGAGGAGAGGAGCACUUGCAGAACGAGGUCCCUCCAUACGAGUCUCGCAUCACCACGGCCAAGCUGCUUAUGGAGAUGGAGGAAUUCGAGACAGCAGUAGAUGUACUGGAGGGCCUGCUGGAAGAGGAUGAUGAGGUGGUCCAGGUGUGGUAUCUCUCUGGCUGGGUGUGUUACCUCCAGAUGGAAAGAGCAAGGGAGCAGAGAGCGAGAGAGGAGAGGGAAGCGACGGAUGAGGAAAAGCAGGAGUGGGACGCAUUAAGAGACGGGGCCAGAUCGUACCUGACAAAGGCUAAGAAGUUGUACGCUAAGCUACGUUGUGAUGACCAGCCAUUGUCGGAGCACGUGGGACAGCUGCUCGGGGAGCUGGGAGGAGAGCUGGAGGAGGACGACGAGGGAGACCCCGCCCCGGAGGAAGACUACGAACCCUGCAGCGACGCCGAGGAUGAGGAGGCGCCCAUGGAGCACUGAGCACACGCCUCACUAAUCCUUAACUUUUUUUCCGAGUCUGUUUUGUUUUAACACACCCACCAGCCACACCACCCCCACCCCCACCCACCCCCCACCCACCACCACCCUUAGCUUUGAGGGAGAAUUGUAUUUCUUUUAACCUAAGCCCUGUUUUCUUUACCGUUUGGAGUCAAACCGAGCGAUGGACGAAGCAGAAUCUUUUCAAUCGAUUCAAUAUCGAGCGAGCUAGCAUCGGCCGACUGCUGCGGACCGAGUUGCGGCGCGAUCCCUCGGGGCAAGAUCCCUUGCCAAAUAACGCGCCGCAGAAGACCUCUUUUUUGGCACUAAUGGUUUCUGAAAACAAAUUCCACCAUAAAAAGACCGGCACGGUCGGGUAGCACAGCGUUUGACCUUUUCUUUUCUUUUUUUUUUUAACGUUUUCUUCUCCGCCCCUCUCUCGGUUCCGCCGCUGUCUCCCUGCAGCAGCUCGCUCCUGGUGGGAUUACGGGGCGCUGGCGGUCGAUGCCCUUCAGAGUCCCCUCGAAGCACCGCGAGCCCGUCGCCGCCACAAAAAAAAAGAGCUCUUUUUUUGGCGGAGGUUAUUCGGCAAGUGCGAUUACACCCCCCCCUCCCCCCCCCCCCGAAUUAUCACGCGGCAGCUUGAUGCACGGCAGCCGGCUCGCGCCCGCCUGCUCGACAUCGACUCAUUCCAAGAGAUUGUCCUACGCACCGCUCGGUUUGACCCCGGACAGCAGGAAAAUGUCCCCCUUUGCGUUGUCCGGUGUGCUUCCUGAAGUGCCUUUUCACUGGUCUCCGUCCGUGUCCGUGUCGCGUGUCUGCACGUCGCCCGUUUCUCGUGUGCCGCGGCUCAGAAAGAACAGCAAUAAAAUCUACUUCAGCCGUUGGCAGUCAUUUGUUUAAUGCGUUUUUUUUGGGGGGGGGGGGGUUGUGCGAAAUGAGAGUAAACACUCGACCGACUCUGCCUUGAUCUCCUCGACAAAGGUUGAUGAGGAAGGAAGUCGUUUUAGAGCCCUUCCUUUCUCAUCAGCGGCAAAGGCAGAACAGCCUUAACGCUCUCGCUUCUGUCACCCGCCCACGCUCGGCUCGCACAACAGCACGGCUCGCACAACGUGCUGUGCGUGCGCGCACACACACAUGCACACACAUGCAUGCACACAAACAUGCAUACGUACACAAACUUGCACACACAUACACACAUGCGUGCAGACACAUACAUACACACAUGCACACACAAACACACUCGUACACACACAAACGUACACACGCACACACACACACAAACAUGCAUACGUACACAGACAAACACACAUGGAUACGUACAUGCAUGCAUGCACACAUGCACGCACACAUAUGCACAUGCAUGCACACAUACGUACACACGUGCACAUGCAUGCAUACAAACACAUGCAUACACACACACAAACAUACAUACGCACACACACGCACACACAGACAGAAGACAGUGCUGUAAUGACUUCAGUGCUCCUUCAUGCGACGGCGGUGUCUUUCCUCAGACCGGAGUGAUGCAGAGCGGCUGGACGGGAGCAUUUCACCGGGCUCUAGAUAAUUAAAACACAACGCCGUGUCCAGCAGCCAACGCCUAACGCCGUCUACACACCCUCGCUUCACCGGGUUUACCUGUUCUGCAUCGUCUCCGGAGCCUCCCGGUUCACGGUGGAAGAAACUUGACGUUCAUUCUCUCAUGCGCCGUGCCUCUCUCCUCCUCGCUCCCCCCUCUCCCUCCGUCUGCCAGAGCCUUCAAGGUGGCUGGCACCAAGUCUCUCAGAAAAGGAGAAGCUCAUCCCCCCCCCCUCCCCCCCAAACAGCCAGUUUUCAGAAUAUGGCACCACAACCGUUUCAGAUUCGCCCGUGGGGGUUUUUUAUGGGUUGCUGUAAUGAUGUGACACGCUAACGGGCUGAAAAAGUUAGUUUUUCCUUC